AUGAUCACCGGUAAUAACACAAGUGGGUUUGGUUAUGAUAGUGUUAAUCGAUGUGGAACAGUUGAAUCACCUGAGGUUUGGGAUUCUUAUGUAAAGGUGCAUAAAGGAGCUGAAAAAUGGAGAAAUAAAUCGCUUCCUCAUUAUGAUGACUUGUGCAUUAUUUUUGGAAAAGAUAAGGCUCAAGGGAAUAGAGCCGAAAAUUGUGAGGAUAUGACACAUAAUGAAAAUGUGGAAGAAGAAUUAUUGCAAAUGGAAGAUGAUUUCAAUGAGCAAAGUGUGGAAAUUUCACCUACAAAAAAUGGGCAAAGUGAGGAAACUUCAAGUGCUAGUACUAAGAAAAGGAAAAAUAAAUUUGAUUCUUUCAUUGAGGGAAUAUCUAAAGCCACUGCGUUACUUAGCAAAGAUCUUUGGGAAGCAUCGACCACCAUGUCUCAAUCUUUAAAUGCUGAAGUGGAGUUACAAAAGAAAACUUCUAUGGUGACUGCUGAAAUUUUGAAGAUUCCAUCAAUGGAUCAAAAGGAUAAGUUUAAAGCAAGUCGAAAGAUAAUGCGCGAGCCGGAAGCAGUGUUGACUUUUUGGAACUUGGAAGGUGAAGAACGUGAAACUUUUGUGAAGCUCAUGUUGGAAGAAUGGUAUUCCCGCUAG